UUGGAAUUGUCGAGUUACUUUGGGUUUUCCAACCGCAACCUACAGUACGCCUAGUGCCAUUAAGUCUGAAGUAGUUCGUCCCCGAGCGAUUUUCUUCAGCUUAACAUCACAAGUUUGUAGACGCAUUUGAAAACAUAGCAAUUAGUGCUUUGCAUUUGUUGUAAGGUACUGUUUAGAGAGAAAAAAAUGUAAAAAAUGGCAGCCUUCGUGGAACCACAUUUUGACGCCUGGCAGGCUGGUGGUAGCAACAUAUCCGUCGUAGACAAGGUCGCGCCGGAAAUGUUGCACAUGAUCCACCCUCACUGGAACCAGUUCCCACCGAUGAACCCACUGUGGCAUUCAAUCCUUGGAUUCGCCAUCUUCGUGCUGGGAGUCGUCUCUAUGCUUGGUAAUGGUUGCGUGAUCUACAUCUUUACCGGCACCCGAAGCCUCCGCACCCCAUCCAACUUGCUAGUGGUCAAUCUAGCCUUCUCGGAUUUCUUUAUGAUGUUUACGAUGGGACCGCCUAUGGUGAUCAACUGCUGGCAUGAGACCUGGGUCUUUGGACCAUUCGCUUGCGAACUCUAUGCCAUGUUUGGAUCACUGUUUGGCUGUGCCUCGAUUUGGACCAUGACUAUGAUUGCAUUCGACCGAUACAAUGUCAUCGUGAAGGGUCUGUCUGGAAAGCCUAUGACCAACAAUGGCGCCCUGUUGCGCAUCAUGGCGAUCUGGGCCUUUGCUCUGUUCUGGACUUUGGCUCCAUUCUUCGGAUGGAACCGAUAUGUCCCAGAAGGUAACAUGACUGCCUGCGGUACUGAUUACCUCACCACCACCUGGUUGAACCGCUCGUACAUCAUCAUCUACGCCAUCUUCGUCUACUGGACUCCUCUGCUCACGAUCAUCUACUCGUACUACUUCAUUCUGAAGGCAGUAUCCGAACACGAGAAGAACAUGCGGGAACAGGCCAAGAAGAUGAACGUCGCUUCCCUGCGAUCCUCGGAAGCUAACCAAACCAGCGCUGAAAUCAAGCUGGCUAAGGUUGCUCUGGUUACGAUCUCGCUGUGGUUCAUGGCAUGGACUCCGUAUCUGGUCAUCAACUUCACCGGUAUCUUCAAGGCCGCUCCGAUCAGCCCACUGGCCACCAUCUGGGGAUCGUUGUUUGCCAAGGCCAACGCCGUCUACAAUCCAAUUGUCUACGGUAUCAGCCAUCCGAAGUACCGCGCUGUUCUGCACCAGAAGUUCCCAUCGCUAUCCUGCCAGGACAAGCCGAUGGUUGAUGAUAGCCAGUCAACUGCAUCUGGAGCGACAACCGCCACCGAGGAGAAGGCUUAAGUACAAAAGCGACACAGAACUUACACGGUGAUAUUUUUGGCAAACGAUGUUGACUCUUUAUUAGAUAAUUUAGCAAAAUAUAGAAAGCAAGUUAUGAAAUGAA